CACAGUUCCGCCUUUCACAGAGAGGUUGUGCAGAGCAGCCUCAGAGGCCUUCGCGGACCUUUCUCGGUAUAGCUUUCCCCUUCUUCCCGGCAUUCCUGUUUCCGCUUUCUCUGUGCUCUCUGGGUUUUGCAACGCUAAGGUGCUUUGCGCCGGGGUCGAGUGACGUCAUCAUUGUGCGCCGCGCGGACACCAACCGUUGGAAGAAGGAACGAUUCCGCCACUGUUCGCCUCUUUUGUUGGCCUUUUACUCCUUCCGAAUCAUGGCGCCAUCGCUAUGGAAGGGGCUAGUAGGCAUCGGCCUCUUCGCCCUAGCACACGCCGCCUUUUCCGCUGCGCAGCAUCGUUCUUAUAUGCGAUUAACAGAAAAAGAAGAUGAAUCGCUGCCAAUAGAUAUAGUUCUUCAGACACUUCUGGCCUUUGCAGUUACCUGUUAUGGUAUAGUCCAUAUUGCAGGGGAGUUUAAAGACAUGGAUGCCACUUCAGAACUGAAGAAUAAGACAUUUGACACCUUAAGGAAUCAUCCGUCCUUUUAUGUAUUUAAUCAUCGUGGUCGUGUACUGUUCCGGCCUUCAGAUACAACAAAUUCUUCAAACCAAGAUGCAUUGUCUUCUAACACAUCACUGAAGUUACGAAAGCUCGAUUCACUGCGCCGUUAAGAUUUUUACAAAUUGUAGUAUCAGGGCAGGACAGGACACAGAGCUGAAUGUUGGAGUUUGGGGUGUUAAAUAGUCCCCCCAGUCAGUAUUUAUAUUGACCUUUCAAACUUAAUUUAAAAAAUCUAUGCCUCUGUUUGUAUACUGUUAAUAGAAUUGUUAAUGGAGCAUACAUUAUCUGUGAAACGUCUUUGAUCUUUCAUAAAGGAAAGUUUUUUCAUUCGAAACAAAUUUGUGUCUUUUAUAAGAGUCACUGUUUUGAACACAUGAAAAGUGAUGGUUUUUGCGAAUAUUUAUUUUCUUAGAUUUCUUUUGCACUACAGGUUUUAGGACUCUUUUUUGAAGAUACCAUGUGACUUGCAUUGGCAGCCUGGAUGACAGUAAAGUGGUCUUCAGUUCUUAUCAAAUUCUGAAAUGGUGACUUCUCACUUUUUCUUCUGUUCCCUGACAAGUGGUUCUGCUUUCACAGGUAUUUGCCAGUUUUUAAUUUAUCCAUGACUUCUCACCCCCACUCCCAACUUUCUAACAUCAGCUGUCUUGUUUGAGCACUUCUUUGAGGUCAUGUGCAGUGAGCAGUUUUUGUGUCAGAAAUUCUGUCAUAGCAAGUAUAUUUAACAAGCUUAGCUUGCUGUAAAGCUCCUUGUGUUCUCUUCAGUUAGUGAUAAAGAAUUUCCCUGAUUACAUAAUGUUAAGAAUAUUGGAAAAUGACUAAAAAGUCAUUUACAAUUUUAUUAUUCUGCCUAUCUAGAAGAAUAGUAGUCAGUGAGAAAAAGCGAUUAAGCCAGUUUUAACUUAUUCAAAGUCUAUGUUAGUCUAUUUAAAUACUAAGCUAGUAACUUAGUGAAAAAUAAAAGAAACUUCUCAUUAAUGUAAAGGCAGAUGUAAAAGAAUGGGGCCAAAUAUGUUCUAAAUAUUUGGAACUAAUAUAUUCAAUUUGUUUAGAGAAUUAAGGUCAUUUAAAGAAUUUUUGUGUAGCUCCUGACUGAACAGCCUCACCAUUUUCCAUCUUCCCAGUACGGUGCUGAAAGUGAAGAUGAAGAUUCAAAGUUGAACUUAUUCAGAAACAGUAAUUUUACUCUUAGAGAAGUUUGGCUAACUCUUUGAGGAAAAAAAUACCCUGCAGGGAGCGCAACAUUAUUUUUUUUUUUAGAAACCAUUGCUGUUGAUCCAGGGAUAUAGCUCAGUAGCACCACAUCUGCCUGGCAAGUACAAGGUCCUGAGUUCAAUUCCUGGUAUCAGAAAAAAAGAAAAGAAAACAUUGCUCUUGUUGAAUUGUGCAGGUAUAAAAACAUGACCUUUAUUGAACUGUAUAGGUGUAAAGGGAAUAACUGUAUGCAGAUUUGAAAGGAAAUAUGCUUUGGGCAAGAGCCAUACGCUGCCCUUAUACUUGAUGGAUUGUUUUCAUUGGGAAUGAGUCUCAGCUCUUCUGUCCUGCCUGAUAAUGCACAGCCCCAACAGACAAGAUUAUUUUGUAUGGAUUUUUAUUGUUUUCGUUUACCAGCCCAGUCUGUGGAACACUGACUCUGCUCUCUAAUGAGAACAAAGUUAGAUGCUGUUGGUAACUGAAAAUAAUUUAGAAAGUUGUUAAAAAUGUGAAAUCAGGGAUUAGAGUGGUAAUAAUGAAGUCAAAAUGCUGUGUGAAAACCAGCCUCAUAUCAGGCUCAUCUAUUGUUUCCUCAGGUACGACUUGACUUUGGAAGAGCCUCUUGUUUUCUUCUCUUUUGGGGCUGUCUUCCUUUCCUAAUGUGUUUUUGUAGCACUGUUACUGAGAUAUAAUUCACAUGGCUUAUAAUACACCUAUUUAAUGAGUACAGUUAAGUGAUUUUUUAAUAUAUCCACAAAGUUGUGCAACCAUGACUGCAGUCAGAUUUAGGGUAUUAUAUUACCCCAAAAGGAUCUCUGAAUCCUGUAGCAGUCGCCGCUUCUUUUCUUCCACUACCCACCCCAGCCCUGGCUGAGCACUUCUCUCUCUGUAGCUAUGCCUAUUCUGAUCAUUUAAUGUAAGUGAAUUCAUAUCUAGUCUUUUGUGACUGACUACCCGAGUACAGUUUUCUGUGUGCUGUGAAAAGCUCUCAUCUUGAGAACUUAUUACAGUGAAAGGAAGUGGUUGGUAAAUCAGCAGAUUUAAGGGGGGAAGGCCAGAUACCUAAUAGAUUUCUCAGUUAAUCUUAUGCUGAGUAGUUUUUCCUCAUAGCCAAGCACUCAUGAUAGACUACUGCUUAGAAUAUUUUGGAUAAUUUCUAGAACAGGUGUUGAAAUCUCUCUGUUUCUGCCCAGUCAGGAAAAUACUGCUAACAAUGAUGCCAAAUAAUUUGGCAAAACAUUGACGCAGUUGUCAGGUUUGUGUAACUUUGCUAGGAGCUUAUAUACCUCAGGCCAGGUGCACGCCCCAGAUUUCUUAAAUUUACACCAGUGACCGUUGUGUGUUUUAAGUAUGUACCAUAUAACUGAAGGUGAUUUGACUGGGUCAUAGAAGUGCUAAAUGUGUUAAGUAUGAAGUUUUACUUACAGUACUAUGAAACAGUCCAUUACUGUCUGGGGUAAUUUAAAAAAUAUAGGGAUAAUGAACUCAUUGAGUCUGAUUUCAGUAACAAUUCAGAAGUAUGAAAAGUGUGCACCAAUAAAAAUUCUCCAGAGUGUAGAAAGACUCCUUAAAAAUCAGGGAACCAGCCAAAUACUAUGGGCCAGUGGCCCAGCAGCAGAAAAUGCAGACCAGUGAAUUGGAGACACGCUCUGUAACUCCCUACUAGUUAAUUGUUUCCUAAGCGUUGCGACUUAUUUUUGAGUGGCAUGACAGCAUCUUCUUGGUUGUAUGUGGCCUGUUUCCAUGAUGUAUUGAGUAGUGUUGUUUGUUGUGAACAUCGAUGCCUGUAACACCAAGCUACACGCAUUUCUUUGGAUAUGUUUCCUCUCUUUAAGUGAUCUUGCCCUGUCUAAUAAAUAAAUGAUUGUCUCACCCUG